AUGGGGCGGGUGCUAUAUUACCUGUUCCCAUCCCCGGUUACUCUUGCUGACCAGUCAACUUAUGAUGCAAGAGUUGUUGGUUUUGACCAAGACAAGGAUGUUGCUGUAUUGCGUGUGGAUGCACCCAAAGACAAACUAAGACCUAUACCUGUUGGUAUCUCAGCAGAUUUGCUUGUCGGUCAGAAAGUAUAUGCCAUUGGUAACCCGUUUGGACUUGAUCAUACUCUUACAACUGGUGUUAUCAGUGGGCUUCGCAGAGAGAUCAGUUCUGCUGCCACUGGUCGCCCAAUUCAAGAUGUUAUACAGACAGAUGCUGCCAUUAAUCCUGGUAAUAGUGGAGGGCCACUCCUAGAUAGUUCAGGAAACCUUAUUGGGAUAAAUACUGCUAUAUAUUCUCCUUCUGGUGCAUCUUCUGGUGUUGGAUUUUCGAUUCCAGUUGACACAGUAAGUGGCAUUGUUGAUCAGUUGGUGAAGUUUGGGAAGGUGACAAGACCUAUUUUAGGGAUCAAAUUUGCACCAGAUCAAUCUGUUGAACAGUUGGGAGUAAGUGGUGUGCUUGUCUUAGAUGCUCCUGCAACUGGUCCAGCUGGCAAGGCGGGUCUGCAACCGACAAAGCGUGAUGCCUAUGGUAGACUUAUUUUGGGUGAUAUAAUAACAUCUGUUAAUGGAAAGAAGGUCGCUAAUGGCAGUGACUUGUACAGAAUUCUUGAUCAAUGCAAAGUUGGCGAUACGGUUACUGUGGAGGUGUUGCGCGGUGAUCAUAAGGAGAAGAUCCCUGUAAUACUCGAGACAAAGCCGGAUGAGUCAUGA